UAAUUGCCUCAGGCAUUCGAUUUGAACUUUAAAGUUCAAGCAGCAUGUCUCCCAGGGCGAUUCCCUUUAAUUUCUCUCACCGUACCGCGAUCCUUGGCUGCGUACUUUCUGGAGCGAUGCACAAUACGCGCCCGGAUGGAUCUGAUGGUGGAGAUCAGCCCGUUGUGCCUGUCAAAAAGUUUGAACCGGAUAUCUUCCCCGGUGGCCUGCGUCGCUUGGCCUGUGGUCCGGUUCACGGCGAAGAUCCUACGAUGAUCAAAGGUAUGGUUUGAAGCGACCAACGAUACUUGACGAUCCGGUCCUUGUACGCAUGUAUCAUCCUCGAGGGAUGUUUGAAGAGAAAAAAAAAAUUGUGGCGACAAUAUAUCAGUACCUUGUCUGACCAUUAUUGCGAUCUGACUGUUAACCCUGGC